AUGGCGCAAAUGGGGGUAUGGCGCGAAUGGGGCAGUGCCGCUCUCGCAGUAGCAUCAGCCGCGGUUCUUGCCCCUGCGGAACCCAGGAGCUCAAUCUCGGACGGCAUUCUCCAGCGACAGGACUCGACGCCACGGACACCACCGCCGCCGCUACUGGACGCCACCCCGACCGCCCCUCACACCACCGUCUCCCUCCCCAUCACCGUCCCCGCACCCGGCGCGGACAUCUCCCUCCGCAUCGCGCACGUUGGCGAAAGCUGGUUCGCGGCCUCGCUCGUCGAAGCGCUCUGUUCGGGCGCGCACGCCGCGAUCAGAGAGAGCGUCGCCUGGCAUCCCGACGAGGCCGUCGCGCCGCUGCCGUGGUUCCACAGCUUGUACAGCCAGCGGUGGCGGGACACGAUUGCGGUACGCAUCCGGGGCAACGAGGGCAAGGUGUUCACGUGGCUGCAGUUGGAGUGGGUGUUGGAUGGGUUGUUGGGGUUUAUGGAGGGGGGCGAACCGGGGCGGUUGCAUCCGGUGGAUUUCGAUGUUGAUGUGGUCGAGCAGGGGACCGUGGCCGCGGGGGUGUUGUGGUAUUCGCAGAGUCCGCCUCCUGAGGCGGUUGGGAGGAGAGAGCGAGGUUGGGAGGAGUGA